GCAGAGGCCGUGCACGGGGCGGGCAGCCAAACUGAAGGCUGCGUGGGGUAUUGUGGGAAUGUGUUGCGUCACGGCCCCCAGUAUAACGGAGGUGAAUGGGGGGUCGAAAGUCACCAGAAACCGUAACUGCUGAGCUUCCUGACUGACAAAAGAAUCGCUGAAAACAUAAUUUCCAUGCAGGAUGGGUGAUGACAAUUGACUUGGAUCACUGUUUAGUUCGUCAAUCAAGAGAAAAUGGGAAGGAAAUCCUAUGUGUGGUCAUGGAGAGCAUUCGGACAACUCGCCAGUGUUCUCUGUCUGUCCAUGCUGGUAUGUGGGGAGAAGCCAUGAGGUUUUACAUAAUUGAUGAGAAAAACCACAAAGGGCGCGACAAAGCUAUUGUAUUUCCCGCGCACACAACCAUAGCGUUUAGUAGCUUUGAUCUGUACAUUCAUCUGGAUGGUCACUUUGAGCUUUGUGUCUCAUCUGCUUCAAAAGGAGGAUUUGAGAAGGAGCCCAGUAGAUCGUUUUCAUUAAACGCUAUACGGAACACCCUGUACCGAACAGGCAUCUUAUUCACCGGAAAAAGAACAAUGGAUAUCAUUGCUAACGCAGAUUCUUACAUGGAUGACAUCUUUUCCGAUUACUAUGACAAGGCUGCUAUCAUGACUGGCAUUUCUACUACAUACAUGCGAGAAGGCGCUCACACUCGUGUUAACCUCCUGACCAAUAACAUUUCCAAGGGACCCUGCGCUCUGUGUGGGAUGGGAAACUCCAAAAGAGAGACUGUAUAUGGCUGCUUCGAGUGCUCGUUCAAUGGCCAGAAGUACGUCAGGCUGCAUGCUGUACCUUGCUUUGACCUGUGGCACAAAAGACUGAAGUGAUCAUUGUACGUGACACGUUUGUGCCCCUAUGUCGAUUCUCAGGUGAACCUGUGCCACAGCUCCCGUCACAUAUAUGCAAAAAGUACUCCUUCGACUACUGAACCAUGCAAGGUGCUCUGUGACUAUACUGUUUAAUUGUCAAUGAUUCAGACGGCCAAUAAGCACACAGUGUCAAAUGGACUUAUAAACUACUAAUCACAAAAAAUAAGAAGUAGACAAUGCCAGCGUUUCGAUGCAGAACAAAAUCCUAAAUGGUAAAAGGAACCUCCUAUCGAGGGCAUAGUUAUGGAGGUAGCAGAGGUAGCGGUCGCACCGGGGCCCUGGUUCCUCAGGGGGCCCCAAAGCACAUCUGUCCCAUUAGAGACCAGUAAUAUACAGUGGCGUCUCUAGGGGGGGGCCAGAGGGGACCAUGGCCCCCCCUACAUCAUGAUUGGCCCCCCCUUGUGCCCCCCCUAGCAGCAGUAGGUCACUAGCAGCUUUCAUGGCCAUCAGGGGGGUACAGCUAGUUCACCAGUAAGGGGUCCGAGCCCCCGCUGCACCCCUCACCCCCCGGAGCCAUCUACUCCGGCAUCCUUUUUUUAAAAUAAAUCUUCAGCCAGCAGUCACCACGCAGAGGCCGCGCUAUGCAGACUGGGAAGAGCAGACAGGAAGCUCCUCCCUCUCUCACUGCCCUGUAUGCUGGACCUUGUGGAGCAGGCCCGCUGUGUGUAUACAGGCCCGGACACCAGUGCCCACUGCUGAUGCUGCCCUUUUAAAGUAAGUAACUUGCUUGGGGGUAGGGUUGCCACCCUGCCGGUAUUUUACUGGCACAGCCGGUAUUUUCAUCUACAUUCUGGGCUGUGCCGGUAAGUUUGGAUGAAAAAUACCGGCCAUGCAAUGGCCGGUAUUUUUCAUUCACUGACAGGGGCGGACUGAGCAGCAUCCCCAGAAGAGCACUUCUUUCAUGACCGGCAACUACAUUUUGCCUGUGACCUGCAGGCUGCCGCACUACAGUUUCAGCCCCCGACACAAAGCCCACUGACUGUCGGGCCGAACAAUGCCCAGGUCUGACACCACCAGCCUGUGACAGGGAGAGCUCUGUGCGAUGACAGGAAGAGAUUGUACAGUGCUGGGGAGGGGGCGUGCACCUCCUGUCUCCUCUCUCCCCCUCCCCCUCCUUCCCUCUGCCGUGCAGUCUUACAACCCUCCAUAGGCAGAGCAGGGAGGGGAGAGGAGGAGAGGCCGUGUAUCCUGUCUCCCUCUGCAGCGCAGGGCGGGUGAGUGUCUGUGUAUAUAUGUGUCUGUGUUUACAUGUGUCUAUGUAUAUGUGUAUGUGUGUCUGUGUAUAUAUGUGUGUGUGUAUA